UAUACUAUACUACUCAUUUCGCUCAUUACUCAUAACCAUCAUAACAGUGUUAUGAUAACACUAGAUUGUGAAUUUGUUAUUGUAUGUAUUAAUUUAGUCUCUCUCAAGUGUUAAGUUAUUAAAUAUAAUUUUUAAAAAUGGGUGGUGGAGAUCUUAAUUUAAAAAAAUCAUGGCAUCCUUCAACAAUGAAAAAUAUAGAAAAAGUUUGGAAAGCUCAACAACAAGACAGUCAAGAGAAAAAAAAAAUUGCCGAGUUAAAAAGAGAUAUAGAAAUGGAACGUGAUAAAGAAGGUCUAACAAGGUAUGCAAUGGAGCAAGGAAUUAUUGAGAAAAAAGAUGAUAAAAAGCUUGAUUGGAUGUACAAAGGACCUCAGCAGUCUAUUAAUCGUGAGGAUUAUUUGACAGGGAAAAAAAUUGAUAAAACUUUUGAGCAAUUUGUUCAAGCAGAAAAGAAUACUGAACGUAAUAGAUUACCUAGUAAUCAUGUGGAACAUGAGUGUGUACCACCAUCAUUAAGAUUCUUUUCGGGAAACGAGCAGGUUGAUUUGGCAAAAAAGUUGCAAGAAGAUCCUCUGUAUGCUAUUAAAAAAAAAGAAAUGGAAUCAAAGAGUAAACUUUUAAAAAAUCCUGUAAAACUUAAGAAAUUACAAGAACUUGUAAGUAAUAAUAAAUUAAGUUCAUCAUCACAGCAUAAAUCAUCAAGAAAUGAUAAGGAUUCAGAUAGAUCGAAAAAAGACAAAAGUCGACGUCAACCUCAGAAAAAAACAAUGCUUUCGGAUAAAGAAAAAUUAAAACGUUUAAAAGAAAUGAUGGCUAAUGCGUCUUGGCGUGAAAAAGAACGUAAGAAAAAUAUUAAACGUUAUAAAGAUCAAGAAAAAAUAGAACCAUCUGAUAAAACUUACAACAAUGAUUUUAUAAGAAAAGAACUUGCUAAAGCAGCAGAAGUAGGAACAGUUGCUUCAAGAAUAAAAUCAAACAUUAACAACAUUCAACGAUCUGAACGAACUAUGAAUACGAAUUUCGCUAAACGAUAACAAUAUAGAUUAAUUGAUAAUCUAAAUAGUUGAUAGAAAAAAUAAUUUUUAUACACUCUAUAAUAAAAAUAUAAUUUGCACAAAUAAUUGAAAUAAAAUGCAAGUAUAAUUAUAUUUUUAUCUUUUUGACGUAAGAAUUUAAAAUUGAAACGAAAACAGGACGUGAGUGCUGCGAAAAACAUUUAAAUUCGAUUAUUCGUUCGAAAGUUAUCGUGAACUAUUGAAAUCGACGAGUUUCAAGAAAUUAAACAUACCAUCAUACUAAAUGAUUAAAAAAAAAUUUGGAUCUGUAAUAAAUUUACAUCGUAAAAAUAAAUUUAUAUUUAUUUUUCGUCGAUUUUCAACUUGAAAUUAACUUAAUAUUUAUGUAUUUUUAAUUUUAGGAUAAAUAUAUAUAGAUUAUUAUGUAUA